AUGAACUCCUACGAAGCCCGCCGCCUCGAGAACAUCAAGCGCAACCAAGCCCUCGUACAACAACUGGGAAUCGAGACAGCGCCAAAAACUUCCACAAAAGUAGAUCAGCCACCAUCAAAGCGGCGCAAACUCUCCCCACGCGCCGCACCGCUUCCGACCCGCACGUCGACGCGCAUAGCAGCCGCGACCACAAAGCCGACCUACAAUGAAGACGCACCACCUUCGCCAACAUCAUCCGGGCAAAAAACGCGAUCACAGCGAAAAGCAACUCCCCAAAUCGCUUUGACUACCUCCUCGGACGCCGAAGCGGCCGCCAGCGCAGACGAGUCCUCAUCCAACCACGCCGCCGAUGACAUCGACGCGCUUCGCGCCCGCUGGACUUCAUGGACGCCCACCGGCCCGCCACCGACACGCGACGAAAACGGCACCUUUCACUUCGAAAAUUAUCCUGACUUUCUGCCCAACAAGUCGCCAGAGGAGAUGCUGCGCGAAGGCUCCUUCGGCGGCUCCUACUUCCGGCCUCUCCACUCCGCGGCGCUGGGCUUGACGAUCCAAGACGACUGGCGCGAGCUGCCCUCGUCCUGGACCGCCGAGCUAGACGUGGCAACCUACCUAACCAGCGAGACCUACCGGCCCGACGUAAAUAAGUACAGAGUAUCCGCCGGCCAGCCAAUCGAGGCCUGGGAGGCCGCCGGCUGGAUAAAUCCCGCCCACGACAUCCGCGGCUGGUUCCAGUGGUACGUCCGCUUCUUCCAGGGACGGCGAUGCGAGGAUGACGAGAGGCAGGUGGGGAGGUGGGCGAGGUGUGUUGGGGAGAGCGGGCGGUGGCGGAGGACGCUGCUGAAGAAGUAUGUUGCAUUGGGGAUCAGGAGCGUGGCGGAUGAGGGGGAGGAGAGUGGGGAGAGCAAAGAGGUCAGUCCGGUUGUGCAUCAGACGUGCCAUCAUUGGGCGUGGGAGGUGAGGCAGGAUGUGCUGGAUCGGUGGUGGGAGGAGGGGAGGUGA